AUGAGCGGCGUCAAAUCUGAAUUCAGUCGAACACUGCGCUGCGAGCGCGCCACAACGACAACCACAGCAACCAACGACAACGAAUAUUCAGACAAAGUGACGCUGCCGGCAUCGUUUCUUUCCGCACUCCUCGGAACACUAAACUUGGACCAAGAGGGGCUGCCCUCGCCACUAAUAUUCCGGCUACGCACACAGGGCCGGCCACAAAGCGACUCGCCCAAUGGGGGCGCGGUCUACUGCGGUGUGCGCGAGUUCAGCGGAUCCGAGGGGACGGUCAGCGUCCCUGGAUGGCUCUUGGAGGCGGCGCAUGCCGAGGAGGGAGACACUUUAGUUGUCGAGUACGUGCGGCUUGAGAAGGGACAGUUUGCCCAACUGCGAGUGUCGGAGAAUAAUGAUUACUUGGACUUGAGGUCGGUUUUGGAAGCGCACAUGCGAAGGAGGAUGACGGCCUUGUUUGUUGGAGAGACAAUUCGCGUCCGCGUAGGCGGGCAUCCCGAGCCCAUAGUGUUUUCGGUUUUAGCGCUGGAGCCUGCGGAUGCUGUUGACGCCGUCGACACUGACCUGUCCGUGGAUAUUGUGCGCGACACCGCUGCCGGACAGCUGCAGCAGUUGGGAAGUCAAGGCAUUGACGAGCUUUUACCUGGGGUUUCGCGCAUGAUCAGCGCCAAAGCGGGCCGCGGCACUAGCGUGGUUCGGUUGCAUGUACCGGCGCAGGCAGCGCUGUUGCGUGUCGCCCUUGAAUGUCACGAGGGCGACGCGUCGCUGUGCGCCAGCAGGCUUGUGCGCAGCGUCGGCGUACUGGACAACGACUGGUGCGACCUAUCUGCGCCCUCACAGCGGCGAAAGCAGCUGCUCAUUGAGCCGGGCCAGGUUGCCGCUAACACCGACAUCUACGUGUCCGUCGUGGCAUUCACUGCGGAAUGCCAAGCGACGCUGACGGCCGAGUUUGGCCUGUCCGCCAGCGACGGCGCCGCGAGGAGUUCCAGCGUGGAUUCGUUGACGGAUGACUCCUUGCAGGACGGCUUGGCUGAGUGCAGUAAUUGUGGCGCACGGGUGCCUGAGCCUCGGCUCGCCAUGCAUCGGAUUGUUUGUGAGCGACACAACGUCAAAUGCAACUAUUGCAGUCGCAUUUUCAAGCGCAAUAGCGCCGAGCUGGCUGAUCACUGGCACUGCGGCCUUUGCGAGGCCAGCGGGGUGCUGAGCGAUGAGCCCAAGCACACUGCGUUUUUCCACACGCCCGCCGAGUGCACCUGCGGCUCUGCCCAGGAGUCAUUGGCUGAGCUCGCUAAGCACCGGCGCACGAACUGCGCUGAGCGGCUCAUCGAGUGCCGCUACUGCCAUACGCACGAGCCACAGGUGCAAGGCCUACGUGGCCAUCCGCCAGGUGUCCGUGCACAUGCGGUUGCACGAGGCGAGGGAGAGGGAGCGGCGUGCGAACAUGAAGCCUUGCACUAA